CUUCUGAACUGACAUUGUUUGUAGAUUGAUGUUUACUUGCUGCUCGUUAAAUUUUCUUAUAUUUUUUUGAGAUGAUGAUGUGUUUCUGAAAAAAGGUGCAGCGUUUUAAGUAAUUUUUAAUUUAGUUUUGCAUUUUCAUAAAAAUACAAAGUGCUGAUGUAUUACUAAUUGUGUGAGCACACAAAUUGUUUAUAAUGGCUGUUCAUUCUGCUCCUCCAAAAAGAAAGGAGAUCUACAAAUAUGAAGCUCCAUGGACAGUAUACAGUAUGAAUUGGAGUGUGCGUCCUGAUAAGAGGUUUAGACUUGCUCUCGGAAGCUUCAUUGAGGAAUACAAUAACAAGGUUCAACUUGUGUCUCUAGAUGAAGAAACUUCGGAAUUCACAGCUAAAAGCACCUUUGAUCAUCCAUACCCCACUACAAAAAUUAUGUGGGUUCCAGAUAGCAAAGGUAUAUGUCCUGAUCUUCUAGCAACCAGUGGAGAUUAUCUGCGAGUAUGGAGGGCAGGAGAUGCAGAGACAAGAUUAGAAUGUUUAUUAAAUAAUAAUAAAAAUUCUGAUUUCUGUGCACCUUUGACUUCAUUUGAUUGGAAUGAAGUGGAGCCUAAUCUUCUUGGAACAUCAAGUAUAGAUACUACAUGUACUAUAUGGGGAUUAGAGACUGGACAAGUUUUGGGUCGUGUGAAUUUAGUAAAUGGACAUGUGAAAACACAAUUGAUUGCCCAUGAUAAGGAAGUUUAUGAUAUAGCUUUCAGUCGUGCUGGUGGUGGAAAAGAUAUGUUUGCUAGUGUUGGUGCUGAUGGGUCAGUUCGAAUGUUUGAUCUCCGACAUUUAGAACAUUCUACUAUAAUUUAUGAGGAUCCUCAGCAUCAUCCUCUAUUACGUCUUGCAUGGAAUAAGCAAGAUCCUAAUUACUUAGCCACUUUUGCAAUGGAUGCAUCGGAGGUUAUCAUUCUGGAUGUAAGAUCGCCAUGUGCUCCAGUUGCUCGAUUAAAUAAUCAUCGGGCUUGUGUUAAUGGUAUUGCUUGGGCACCUCAUUCCUCAUGUCACAUUUGUACGGCUGCUGAUGAUCAUCAGGCUCUUAUAUGGGACAUACAACAAAUGCCACGGGCCAUAGAAGAUCCGAUAUUGGCAUACACGGCUGAGGGGGAAAUUAAUCAAAUUCAGUGGGCUUGCACACAACCUGACUGGAUUGCUAUAUGUUAUAAUAAUUGCUUAGAGAUUUUAAGAGUAUAGGAAUCAAGAUAUUAGGAAAUAACUAAUAAAUAAGGACAUUUGUGAAAUAAAUUGUCUUGGACAGCAAAACAUGUUUUAAUUUUUUUAAGUGUCUCUUGUUUGGACUUUGGGUCAAGUUAAUAUUAUUUCUUAUGGUAAAAAUUUUAUAAAUAGGACAUGCUGAGCUUCUUAUAAGAAUGCUAGUUUUCGUAUUUAAAAAAUGAUAAAAUUGAGAAAUUGGGGAUGGGUGUUUUUAUAAUUAAUCUGAGUUUUUAGAAAUUUAACAUCCAAUAUUUCUUGCACAUAAUAAGAAUUACAGACAUGACACAUUUCUACAGAAGUUUUAAUUUCUUUAUUUUCAGAAACAAUUUUGAGAUUAUUUAGUUUUUUUUAAUGUAAUAAUUCCCAAUAUUUUUAUUUCAAGCAUUUUGUGUAUAAAUUUAUUUAUUUUAUGCUCAAUUAAUCAUUUUUAUUUUACAUUAUAAUGUUUAUGCUAUAAUUUAUUUGACACUAUUUAUAAUUUU